AAACAUGAAUUUCCAGGUUUCCUAUGUUGUUUCGAAUUUGGUGCUUUCAGCUUUGGUACAGAGUUUCCAAGAUUUUGGCUGAAGAUGCUGCCUGGAAAUUUGUGAGGGAGAACAAAAUUGACAUGGUUACGAUCAAUCCAGCUACAACAAUUGGACCACUCUUGCAACCAACGCUUAACGCUAGUGCUGCUGUAAUUUUAAAUCUGAUAAAUGGUGCACAAACAUUUUCAUAUAAUAGUUUUGGAUGGGUCAACGUGAAAGAUGUUGCAAAUGCCCAUAUUCAAGCAUUUGAAACUUGUUCAGCUAAUGGAAGAUAUGUUUUGGUUGAAAGGGUAGCACACUUCUAUGAUAUUGUAAAGAUAUUGAGUGAACUAUACCCCUUGUUGGAACUUCCUGAAAAGUGUGCAGACCAGAGGCCAUUGGAGCCUAAAUAUCAGGUUUCUAAGGAAAAAGCAAAAACUUUGGGAAUUGAUUUUAUUCCAUUGGAAGUGAGCCUCAUGGAGACUGUUGAAAGCUUAAAGGAUAAGAAAUUUGUCAACUUUUGACUUUGUAAUCUUUCCUUGUAGAGUAAACAUAGAUUGGCUCAAGCUUGGUUUGAGUCUAAGCUGUGCUUGGGAAGACUUUGUAUUGUACAUGAAACCUGCUCUGAGUUCUAUUCAUGAGAUACCUCCAACACAGUUUUAUAAGAUAAAAAAACUUUAAAUGUUAUUAACUUUUUUACAAUAUAAUGACUUUCCAACUUCCUUUCUA